GCGGAGCGGCGGCGCUCUCGUUUUUCUCGGCCACGCCUGUUUUGGGUUUACGAGAAGUGUGUGUAUUAUUGGUUUUACGUGUUUCUUGAGUACCCUAACCCACAAAGAAGAAGUGUUUCUUGAGUAGAUUUUAGAAUCAAAAUGGCAGAAAGACGACGCAAGCGGAAUACGGACACCAUAGGAUCGGAUGAUGUGUCUGGAUCGGACGUUUCCCUUGAUGGUGGCCGCAGGAAAUCUUUGACGGAUUCAGAUGAGGAGGGGAGACACUCAAUAUAUGAUUCUGCCCAAAGUCUAGAGGAGCUGGCUGGCCCAGCUCAAUCUGAGGAAAAGAAAAGUUUGGACGAUGACGAGGACCGCAAGAAUCCUCAGUUUAUCCCAAAGAAGGGCAACUUCUAUGAGCAUGACGAUCGGGCCGGCGAUGAAGACGGCGACCGCAAGGUGCCGGAGCCGAAGCCGACUCGCCGUGUCUGGAAGGAGGCGGACCGGUGGCAGCACGACAAGUUUGACGAGAGCCAGCAGGCGCCCAAGUCGCACGAGGAGCUGGUCACCAUGUACGGAUACGAUAUCCGCAGCGAGGACCUGGCGCCGCGCGCCCGCCGCCGCCGACGAUACGGGCGCGGUCCUAACAAAUACACACGCAACUGGGAAGACGAGGAGGCCUACGGCAAGUCCGGCGGCGGUGGCAGGGGCGGACGGGUGGGCCGCGGCGGUCGGCGGGGCGGCGGCUCCGGCCCUCACCGGCCGCCGCCGACCGCCUCUAAGGACGAAUUCCCUGAGCUGGGUGAUGCACCUCCGCGGCGCGGCUCCGGCGGGGACGGUCCGCCGCCGCGCCGCGAGCACUCGGACGAGCCGCCGCGGCCCCGGCAGCCGCCGCCGCACCGCGAGCCGCCGGCGCGCCGCGAGCCCGUGGAGCUGGCCGAGCCGCGCCGGCCCGGGCCG